UAAUUGCUGCAGUUGCAGUGGGUGAAUUGUGAAAGUCCCGGGGCCUUGGACCCUCAGCGACUCGCCGACUCACUGCCUCACCGGGACAUGCAUAUGUCCUCUUGCAGCUUGUCGAGCAAAGAACCAAUACAAAUCGUAAAAAGAAUCUGUCCUUUUGGGCCCUUCUUCCAUCCUACGAUCUGUCUCCCCUUUUCCCUUACCCCUACUUUGCCCUUCAAGUUCUUAACCCUUUCUGCACUUUUUGUCUUUGGCACUGUACUGUGUAAGCAUACUUAACAUCGGAUACACAUCCGUGCGUGGUCCGUUCAAUCCAUUGCCUGCCUUAGGUAAG